UUCGCUCUCGGAUAAAAUUUACAUUAUUUUUGUUCAAAAUCUGUUCUGUUUUGCUGUUAAAUUUAGACACUCGUUUAAAGCGGAAGCCUGCCAGCGUUUUUCCAAAAAGUAAAACACACAUUUUCCGCCGCGUGUGUUUUUCUAAUUCGAUCAUAAUUGCAAAUAUUCGCCAAAUGGAACCAAACCAACACGAAAACGAAAUGUCAACCCGCAAAAAAUCUAUUAACCUUUGGUUUGGUUAAUUAAUUAAUGACGAAAUCCGUCGCCAUUGUCGUCAGCACGCGCGCCUCUUAGGCAUAAAUGCAAUUAAAUCAUUAAUAAAAACCAGACAAAUAUUCAAAUAUAUAUUUCGCCAUACCAUACGCAGCCUACGGUGGAAAAACUCUGAAGUGAAGACGAUGUGAAAUGUGAAAAGUGAAAAGUGAAUGAAACGCAUGUGAAUCUUCUCCCUCCCCCAAAGAAAACGCUUGAAUAAAAAGCUGGAAAUUGAAUUAAAAAUUUCAUAAAUUUAUUGGAGAAAAAAUGUGAACGAAGGAAAAUGUGAUUUUUCGGCGAAAGUAAAGCAAAACGAACAAGAAAAAUAUCGAAACACAAAAAAAAAAUAACAAAAAUGCAGGCCUCGAGCACCACCACAACAACAACCACAAAAACGAAGAAGCUGAGCAGCAGCACGGGUUCGGGGGCUCCGAACAUGAUCAGCUCCGUGGCGGUGACGAGUGCCACAAAGACGACAACCACCACCCGGAAGCCGGCUGGAGCCAGCCCCAAGUCGCCAAAGGCAUCGACGGCGGGAUCAGCGGCUGCCACAAGCACAAGUGCAAGCGAUCCCGAGAUUGCGGAGAUUUCAAAGAAAAUCAACGAGCAUGCGGAUGCCAUCUAUCGCAAGUGGAAGAUGCGCGGGCUGCCUCCGGUGGAGCUCUUGGAGAUGUAUACAAAUGCCGCCGGCUCGGGCGACUUUGCAGAGGUGGCAGGCGCCCCCACAGCUGAUGCGGAGGGGCUCCAAAAGAUGGUCACCAGCUUCGUGAACAAGGACAAGGAGCAAAGGGGAAAGACUGCUAAGAAAUCUGAGGGACCCACCGCCAAUGGAAAGGUGAAGAAGUCAGCGGCCGCUGGCCCUGCAGCCGCCGGGGGCGCCUCCGCCUUCGAGCAGGCCCUGCAAUCCCCAAAGAAAGUGGCUGCCGUCAGCAAAUCCCUGCCCGAUGUGAAUCUCAACUACGACAUCAACCUCCAUUUGGAUAUGAAUAAUCUGUCCCAAGAGCAGACGGCGCAUCUCCUGAAGAUCAGUGAGAUAAUCCAGCAGCAGAAGGAGGCGACGGCAGCCAAUCCUCUGAAGAAGCGGCAGAGUGGAAGCAGCAGCAGCAGCGGCAGCGGCAGCAGCGGGAAGGUUGCCAAUUCUGUAAAGGUAACAGCGGCAGCAGCCGCCCCAGAGCAACAAUCCCCCACCAAAAAGCAGACCAAAGCCAAGAGCGGGACAAGUGCCGUAACAGCAGCAGUUAGCAUCGAUGUUAUAGAUGCCCCACAGCCCCACAGAGUGGCAGAGGCAGUGAGUGAUAAGAGCGCCGAGGCGACGGUGGUGGCCACAAAUCGCAAGUCAAGCAAAACCAAAGAGAACAGCGCCGAAGGGAAGCAGCAGCAACAGCAACAGCAGCAGCAACAGCCGGCAACCAAAGAAAAACCCGCAACAUCGGUAGUAGCUACUGCCACACGCAAAUCCACAAGAGGCAGCAGUGCCACUGAUAACAGCCACAGCAACAUUGUGUCCAACGCAUCUUCUGUGGGAACAUCCGCACCAGCGACAGCAGCAACAUCGAUGGAUGCAACAUCCGUCAGUACAACGAUGCCAACGUUGAAUAAAGUGAAACCCACUAGCGGGGCACGGCCAGCCCUGACCAACGGCAGCCAGGAUCCCACAAAGAACAAGAAUGCGGGUCUCCUCACACGCGGAUCGGUGGCGGAGCGUGUUCUGAUGUUCGAAAAGUGUCCGGACGUGAGGCAUGCAUUCCUCAACAUCAAGCGCCCCCAGGCCGACGUUGCGCCCAAGAGUCUCCUCAAGGUCAAGCUGCAUGCCACACCGCCGCCACCGCCGGACACGAAUCUGCUGCAAAAGGAAAUACGCUCCACAAAGAGUGUUUACAUACCUAGAUUCUACUUUCCACAUGGCAAGCCACAGCCAACGAUUGCCAUGGAGCGUGUGGUCCGGGGUAUACUCUCCGGCUUCGAUAGCUUUCCCAACAAUCAGGUGACCAAAGACGAUCUGCCACGGAUCCUGAAGCUCUGCGGCAUGCCCUACUACUGGCGGAUGCCCGUGAUGGUCUUUUGCCAGACGUCCAAUUCGGGUCUCGUCGAACGUCAGAGAUUUGUAGAGUUCUGGAAACAAAUGAAUAUAUAUUGCCAUGAGGCUGCGUCCCGAUUCGUGUACAUCCUGUCGCGUGGCCAGCGAUUUCGCUCUUACAUUGUGCCAGAGGAUUUGGUGCCGAUGGUGCAGGAUGUGGUCGAUACACAUCCCGGACUGGCCUUCCUCAAGGAGGCCACCGAGUUUCAUUCCAGAUACGUGCACACGGUCAUCGCGCGCAUUUUCUAUUCGGUGAAUCGCAGUUGGAGCGGCAGGAUCACAAUUGCAGAGCUCAAGAGAUCUGAUCUCUUAGAGAUGAUUAGUCUUUUGGAGGAGGAGGAGGACAUUAAUCAGAUCAUGGCCUUCUUUAGCUAUGAGCACUUUUAUGUGAUCUACUGCAAGUUCUGGGAACUGGACAAGGAUCACGAUCUGCUCAUCAAUCAGGAGGAUCUGGCCAAGCAUAGCGAUCAUGCACUGUCCUCCCGGAUCGUAGAGCGCAUCUUUUCCGGCUGUGUUACGCGCACGGAUAGCAAAAAGGGACCCGAGGAAGAGGCCAAAAUGUCCUACACAGACUUUGUUUGGUUCAUACUCUCCGAGGAGGACAAACGCACACCGACGGCCAUUGAGUAUUGGUUCCGCUGCAUGGACAUCGAUGGCGAUGGCGCCCUAUCCAUGUACGAGCUGGAGUAUUUCUACGAGGAGCAACAGCAGCGCAUGGAGGGCAUUGGCAUCGAGUGCCUGCCAUUCGAGGAUUGUCUGUGUCAGAUGCUGGACAUGAUUAAGCCUGCGAAUCGGGACUGCAUUACGUUGGGCGAUCUGAAACGCUGCAAAAUGACGCACGUCUUCUUCGACACCUUCUUCAAUCUGGAGAAGUAUUUGGAUCAUGAACAAAGAGAUCCAUUUGCCUCGCAGCGUGAUGAAUAUACCUCCGAUUGGGAUCGGUUUGCGGCACAGGAAUACGAGCUCCUCAUAUCCGAGGAGAACGAUUGAGAGGGAUGGGAUCGGAUUGCUUAAAGAUACACACAUAUUUAUUAACAUACAAAUUUUUAUACAAAUUUAUACACUACGUAAAUGAAAAACUGAAAAAACUGAAUGAAAAACAAGGAAACAAAACAAAACAAAACAAAAAGAACGAAUGAAAAGAAAAGGAAAUACUUUUAGUCCCAUAUGUGCAAUAAAUUCGAUUUAUUUAUUA